AUGGCGUCAACCUCUAGUUCUGCCUCUACCAAGAGACCUUAUUCGCCACCACCACCGCCACCAGAACCACCACAACAACCUCCCCUACGCAAUCCGUUUGAUCCGGAUAUAAACCCACCACUGCGCAAUCACUUGGAAGAAAUAAUGAACAAGAGAAGGCGCAUCGAACACAACCAAGAUAAAUCACUCAUCCACGGCCUCCAACUUCAAGAACACGCAACAAGAUUGCUCGGAUCCAACGACCUCGCAUCGCUGCAACAAGCAAUCGAAGAAUACACUCAAACCAAUAACGAAUCUUUAAUGAAAAUCUUUAAAUCAUUCGCACACCAUUACAUUAAUGGCUUCUCAUUGAAGCUUGCCAAAAUCCUCGAACUCCACCCUCCGCUGCAAACAAGAACCGAAAUCGUUUCUCUUCUACUUCAAACACUUCCCAGAGGGAUAAACAGUUCAAUGAGUUUGUCUAUCCUUCUCAAUCUAAAAAAUCCUCUCUUAAAUUCGCUCAAGGUAGAAUCUGAAGAAAUUCUGUUUCCUUCGCUAUGCGAAAUGAUGGGUUUAUUCGCUGACAGGUUGUACCGGUUUACUUACAGCAGUUGGGUGGAGCUUCUCCAGUAUGUUUGCGAUUGCAUUUCUGGGGACGUGAGAUCCAACAAAAAGAAGGGGCUUUUGUUGUUAACGGAAUUUUCAGCGCUUGUUGUUCAAAACAGAGAGUUCUGGCUGAAUCAAGGGAACCUUGAUCUCGUAUUCUCAAACAUCUCAAAUUUGAUUAACUCGAUGGAUCAGGAAUUGAAAGCAUUGGCAUUCACUGCAUCACUUUCGUUGAUGUUAUUGUCGAAGGAUCUUCAGAGAACAGACGUAUACGAUAUUCUCUUGCCGAUUUUGUUGAAUAUUAUCAAUCAACAUGGAGAAGAAGAGAUUCUGGGGAAUCGGAUUAAACGUUUAUGGGAUUUAGCUAAGCUGGAUGAUGGAAAUAUCUUUAAGGGGAAACUUGGUGAAGUGUUUUGGUGCAUGAUUCGAGUAACAGAGGUAGAAGAUGUGAGCGAAGAACUUAAAUUUUAUGCGGUUUGUGUGAUCAAAGAUGUUGGUUCAGCGAACUUGAAGGAGAUGGGAAGUUUGAUAAAAAAUCUUUCUCAUGAGGAAGUGAGAAGGGUAGUUACGGUUGCUGUGAACAUGUUGUCGUGUGUUAUUGAUGAUCCUCUUUGGUAUGAUGUUGAUGAUAAGAAUUGUAUUACUGCUGGGAUGUUAGAUGCUUUCUACCUUGGGGUCUUCUUGUUCAAAUCGCUCACUACAGAUGGGCAUGAAGAUGUUUUUGUUCCCACGGCAAUUGAGAUGAUGACAAUGCAAUAUGUAUCUCAUGUUUAUUGGUGGUUCCGUUGUGCAGCAAUGCUUGCCAUUAGUUGGAUUGCAGAGAGUAACAUCAAAGGGAAGGACAUGAUGCUAUACUUUAACCAAGUUGCGAUGCUGGCCCUUAAGUCACUGGAUGAUUUGGACCCUCGAGUACUUUGGGCUACUAUGCCAACAAUUUCAGUUUUGAGUGAACAUAAGGAACUACUAAUUCAGGAUCAAUAUCACAAGAAGUUUUUGGAGAAACUAGUUCCCAUCAUUAGAUGUAACUCUUGUGCCCGUGUACAGUCAAAUGCUGUUAUCGCCAUUCACUCCUUGGUAAAAAAUUGUGGCUUAGACAAAAUAUCGCCUUUUGGGGAACAUAUUGUAGCAUCAGUACUCGUACUUCUUAAGCAUGAAAAGCAGAAGUUACAGACCGAAGCUAUUGAUACCCUAAAAACGUUUGCAGUUUUAAUGCCGGUAUACAUUAUACAUCUGAAAUCUAGGAAUGAUGUAGGUUUUUAUUAUGGUAAAUAA